AAUUAUUUUUAUCCUGGAAUUUUAAUGAGAGGCUGUGGAUAGAACCAAAGUGAUGAUGGUUGGGUUUGUCUUAUCCUCAACUAGAAGGAGAGAAGGAAAUGAAUUUGAUCAUCAAAUAACAGUACUCAAAAUUCAAAACAAGACACAAAUCUGUAAUAAGGAGUGGUGAGGCAGAUAGAGAGGGAGAUAAUGGCAAUGGCAACAAGUAGGUUGGUGGUGGUGCAACAAAAACAACCAUCCUCAUGUCUAUUAUCACCAUCAUCUCUUUCUGACUUCAAUGGUAUUAGACUGAAACACCCAAUUCAGUACAAAAGAAAGGAAUGGCAGACAAGAGGAGCAUUGCAGGUGCAAGCAUCAGCUGCAAAGAAAAUCCUGAUAAUGGGAGGAACCAGAUUUAUUGGUAUCUUUUUGUCUAGGCUCCUUGUGAAGGAAGGUCAUCAAGUAACUUUGUUCACAAGAGGGAAAGCACCAAUCAGCCAACCAUUACCUGGGGAGUCAGAGCAAGAUUACCUAGAUUUCUCUUCCAAGAUCUCGCACUUGAAAGGAGACAGGAAGGACUAUGAUUUUGUCAAGACUAGCCUAGCAGCUGAAGGCUUUGACGUUGUCUAUGAUAUCAAUGGACGAGAGGCAGAAGAAGUAGAACCCAUACUGGACGCGCUUCCAAAGCUUGAGCAGUACAUAUACUGUUCAUCCGCUGGUGUAUAUCUGAAGUCUGAUUUACUGCCUCAUUUUGAGUCUGAUGCAGUGGAUCCCAAGAGCAGGCACAAGGGAAAACUUGAAACAGAGAGUUUACUUGUAUCAAAGGGUGUAAACUGGACUUCCUUGAGACCAGUUUAUAUCUAUGGUCCUUUGAAUUACAACCCUGUUGAAGAAUGGUUUUUCCACAGAUUGAAGGCCGGUCGACCAAUCCCCAUACCAAAUUCUGGCAACCAGAUAACACAAUUGGGACAUGUUAAGGAUUUAGCGACUGCAUUUAUUAACGUUCUUGGUAACGAUAAAGCGAGCCAGCAAGUGUUUAACAUAUCUGGAGAUAAAUAUGUGACAUUCGAUGGAUUGGCAAGGGCUUGCGCUAAGGCUGGUGGAUUUCCUGAACCAGAACUAGUUCACUACAAUCCUAAGGAAUUCGACUUUGGCAAAAAGAAGGCAUUCCCCUUCAGAGACCAGCAUUUCUUUGCAUCAAUUGAGAAAGCGAAGAGUGAAUUGGGGUGGAAACCAGAAUAUGAUUUGGUGGAAGGUCUAACAGACUCCUACGAUCUUGAUUUCGGUAGGGGAACUUUCAGAAAAGCGGCUGACUUCUCAACCGAUGACAUGAUUCUUGAAAAAUGUCUUGUUCCACAAUAAUUCAAGCUUUCGAUUCAUUUGGAUUUUAUAAAAUUGGGAUAGCUAAAUUUAAAUUCAAAUAAGCAUUGACGCUUGUUUGUGAGUCUGGGAAAGGUUCUAGCUACUAUUUAGUUAUCAUAAUAAUAAUUAAUAUCUUUUUUGCUUCUUGGCUUUU